AUGGAAUUCGACCCUAAGACUCCUCAAUACAUCACUUCCGAUAAGUCGAGCUUUGCCUCGAUCUCGGCCAAUGACCGAUGGCCCGUUAUUAUUACUGGCGCUAUUGAUGACCUACAUCGCACGGUUGUUGGUGUGGAUGAUGACGAAAAGGCCAAUGAAGGCAAGAGUAUCAUUGCCAACAUGGCUAAGCUGAAGUACGAGCUUCAGCAUGACCGGAAACUUACGGCCUUGGACGAUGACGGACACCCCGAUAUUGCCUCUUAUAACCAGGAGCUGGAGCAGCGAGGAAACCCCAAUUGGCACGACGUGCCCUGGCUGUACUCCGAAUGCUACCUCUAUCGCCGGAUAGAAACUCUCUUUGCUUUGUCAAAGCAUUGGAAGGGCUAUGACGUAUUCGCACGCCAGAAGAUGGAGACAUUCAAGUCAUCUCGCCCUGCCGUAUUAGAACUCGCUACAAGAUAUCGCGAGCUGGCACAGGAAGCAGAGUCAGGCAAGGGGGCGGAAGGAAAGUCGCCCGAACAAGUCGAACAAGCCGAGAAGCUUCUCUUCUCAGAGAUGUGCGAGAUCUGCCUAUGGGGAAAUGCUACCGAUCUCUCGCUCUUGACCUCUCUCACAUACGAGGAUAUUCAAAAGCUGCAAGGAUCGCAAGCGCGCAAGGAUUCCCAAAAGAACAUCAUCGUUAACGACCUCGACGCCGCCUUCGAUGCCAUGCAAAAAGCCCGCAGAGAGAAGAAAGACGGCGAGCGCCGUGUCGACAUUGUACUCGAUAAUUCCGGCUUUGAGCUCUUCGUCGAUCUGAUUCUCGCCGGAUACUUGCUUUCCGCGGGCCUGGCGACAACUGUCGUCCUUCACCCCAAGCGUUUCCCCUGGUUUGUGUCCGAUGUCACGCCGAAGGAUUUCUCCGAUCUCCUCAACAGCAUGGUCGACCCACAGGCUUUCUAUACAGCUGCCGACAACUCGGGCAAGACCUUCCAACCACUUUCGGAGAAGGAGGUAUCGGACGUGAAGUUCCUCUUCGAGCAGUGGAGCCAAUUCCACCAGGAUGGCAAGCUAAUCCUGCGCCCGCAUGCGUUCUGGACCACCCAAGGUGGAUACUGGCGUAUGCCACAUGUUGCGCCGGAACUAUUUGAGGACUUGAAAGAGAGUGAGCUUGUCUUGUUCAAGGGUGAUUUGAACUACCGGAAACUGGUCAACGACGCUGAAUGGGAUCCCACCACUCCGUUCACAGAGGCCAUCGGACCCCUCGGCCCUAAGUCCGGGAUUCGCGUUUUGGCCUUCCGUACUUGUAAGGCUGAUACCGUUGUUGGCCUCCCCGCUGGCAAAGACGAGGAACUUCGUCAGCUGCCUGGUGGUGGUGGCUCUGAGUCUCGUAAGUGGGCUUGGAGUGGUAAGUGGGCUGUUGUCUCGCUUUCUGAUGGUAAGGCUUAG